AAACAGCCUAUUCCAAGAUUGAGGAGGACCAAGAGCAUACAGAUGAAAGGUCGAGUUGACUUUGAUUUGGAUGAGCUUUAUGAUCUCACCUCAGAUGACAGUGGAGAAGAGUAUAUUCCUGAGAGUGGUGAAGAUUCUUCUGAAGACACUUGCGACAUUAAGACUGACCAGAAAAUGACAAAGCUCAGAUUUCCAAACUUGGGGAAGACGGCAGAUGUCAGAGAUGGAUGUCUCCCAAUGACAGAACCUAUCCAUGCUACUUUGAAUCCGGAGAGAGGAUGUUCAUCUUCAAGAAAAGAUGGCACCUCUGGUACAAGGCGAAGAAGAAGAUAUUCAAGCAGUGUGCCUUGCCCAGCAACACAAACAGGUACUGGUAACUAAACAGAACAGAGUGGAGGGGGCGACUCUUGACAUAGAGUCCUGCUGGAUAAUUCGGCACCUGAUCUGGAGCAAAAUCUACCUGACAGCACCUCUUCCCUGGGUGGAGUGAUUGAUGAUUUACCUUCCAUACCUGCUGUUUGUAAGAAAGAGGAUGGCUCAAGAUUGUAUAACAAAAAGCAAUACUGUCUGUACUGUAAAUUAGAGGUUAUAAAAAUGGCAAGGCAUUUGGAGUGCGCUCAUCAAGACAAGCCAGAUGUUGCAAGGGCUGUGUCCUUCCCAAAAUACUCAAAAGAAAGACGGAUGUGUAUGGAACACUUGAGAAACAAGGGCAACUUUGCACAUAAUGUUGAAGUAUUGAAUUCUGGUGUUGGAAUUCCACGCAAGCAACCAAAGGAUGAGUCUCAAGUGCAGAAUUUUCUGCAUUGUGCAUAUUGUCAGGGUUUCUUUACAAAGAAAGUCCUUUGGAGGCACAGGAAGAUCUGCAAAUUCAAACCUAGUAUUCCACUUAAACCUGGCAGAACACGUGUUCAGGCGCUUUGUGGAUUUGCUGCGCCUCCACCACCUGGAGUGAAGGAACAACUUUGGAAGCUCUUGAACAAAAUGGUUCAGGACGAAGUGUAUUUUGCUGUCAAAUCUGAUCCAUGUAUCAUGGAGUAUGGCGAACAUUUAUACAACAGGCUUGGGUAUGAUCCUCGCAAACAUGAAUACAUUCGCCAGAAAUUGAGACAGUUGGGACGGCUUCUGAUAUGCUCAAGGAAAAACACUCCCUUGAAGAUGAUUCAAGAUCACAUCAAGCCUGCAAAUUUCAUGUACGUUAUCGAGGCAGUUAAAGACAUUGCAGGCUACAAUAGUGAAACAGAUGCAUACAGGUGCCCCAGUCUGGCUCUCAAAAUUGGAUACAGUCUGAAAAAGAUUUCAAUGCUUGUUGAAAGCCGUGCAAAUGUACAAAGUGACUACAGUGCAGCAAAGGAUGCUCGUAUAUUCCGCAACGUGUAUGAAGCCAGAUGGAAUGCACUGAUAUCAGCUGCAUCACUGAGAACACUUCAGGAGUCCAAGUGGAAUACUCCUCAGUUGCUUCCAUUCACAAAAGAUGUUCAGACACUCCAUUCCUUUUUAGAUGCACAGCAAGAAGAACUUUUCAGCCAACUAUCCUCAGAGACAUCCCCCCAGACCAGGGCACAGCUGACGAAAGUCAUUUUGACUAAAGUCAUUUUGUUUAACCGUCGAAGAUCUGGGGAAGUGUCAAAAAUUCCAGUUUCUGCUUAUUUGUCUCAUAAUCCAUCAGACCCACAGGAGAAAGUGAAUUUAGCACUCUCAGACCUAGAGAAGAAGGCAGAAAAAGCAGAAUUCUGA